AUGAUCCCCUCCACGCUUCUUGCGCUUAUUAGCCUUGUCUCCGUCACCCAAGCCGCAGCUGCCCCCAAGAUUCUAUCUUCCGACGAUGUCAUCGUUCUCAAGACCGAUGGCACUUCCCAAAUCAUGAAAGCCGCUGACCUCGAACGUCUCGAGACUGCCCCCGCAAUCACCACCAAUACCCCCACCAAGCGCAACAUCAACCGUCGUGGCUGCGAAAGCACUGAAGUCCAAGUCCUAUCCGAAAAAGAAUUCCUCAACUGGGAUGUCGCCAUGUCCCCCGUCAUAAGCAGCCUCGACGGCUCCAAGGCUACCGUCAGCGUGACUUCCGGCUUCACCAUCGCCAAUUCUCUCAAAGUCGGCGCUAGCUUCAGCAUUCCCCUCAUGGAUAUUCUCACUACUGCGCUGAGCAUUGACUACACUGAGACCUGGACUUCGAGCCAGCAGCAGUCACUGUCAUUUCAAGUUCCGGAGAAUCAUCACGGUCUUAUUGUUAGCCAGCCUUAUGUCCGACGUGUUCAGGGAAAUGUUCUUGAUGGAUGCGGUGAUGAUAUUGAGAAGACCGAGUUUACGUCGGAUUCGUAUGAGAGUCAGACUUAUGGGGAUCUGGAGUGGGUCAAGGGUAUUAUUCGUCUCUGCAGCAGCGAAACCUAUCCUAUUCCCUUCUGCAACGGUGAGGGUGAACACAAAUAA